AUGGCUAAGAACAGGAGGAGCUCCGGCGUGGGGUCUUCGGAUCCCACCGGCGCUGCUGCCGGGCUGUCUAGGAGCGGUAAGCCGGUAGGCGUGUCGGGCCGGCUGGUGAACGUGUUCGAGCAGCUGUGGAACCGUCGCAAGUUCGACAUUCUGGGUCGCAAGGUCAAGGGCGAUGUUCGCGCCAAGUCCAUCGGCAAGGCCAGGAGCGCUGCUGUGGAAAAGAGGAAGGCGACGCUGCUGCAGGAGUUCCAGCAGCGCGGCAAGGCGAACCUGUUUCUGGAUCGGAGGUUUGGCGAGGGCGACGAGUCCAUUCCCGAGGGCGAGAAGGCCAUUGUGCGGUUUCAGAAGGAGCGCAUGGCCCAGCUGAGUCGCAAGAACCGGUUCUCCCUCGGGGACGACGACGAGAGCGACGACGAGGGGGGGGACGACGACGGAGGCGGAGGAGGAGGCGCGGGCAGGCGCGGCAGCGGCAGGCGGGCGGCGGCGAGCGAGGAUGGCGACUUGCGCCUGACGCACGGCGGGCGCGACAUUGACGACUUUGACGACUCGGACGUGUCGGGCUUCGGCGAGGACGAGGAUGACGAUGAUGGAGCACGUGAGUUGCUGUUCAAGGCGAAGCGGCAGGCGGAGAAGGAGGAGGACGAGCAGCUGCGCGAGCAGCUGGACGCGGACUUCCGCCAGAUCGCGCACACAGACGCGCUGCUCGCGCUCACGCGCGCGCCCAAGGGGGGGAAGGGCGGAAAGGGCGCCAAGGGGGAGGAGAAGGAGAUGGACGACAAGCAGUACGACGUGUUGGCGAGGGAGAUGGUGUUUGACAUCCGCGCCAAGCCCUGUUACUCCGUACCCUCUCCCCUAUCCCACCCCUGUCUCAAAUCUUCUUCAGGAGAUGGACGACAAGCAGAGAUGGACGACAAGCAGUACGACUUGUUGGCGAGGGAGAUGGUGUUUGACAUCCGCGCCAAGCCCUGUUACUCCGUACCCUCUCCCCUAUCCCACCCCUGUCCCAUGUCUUCUUCAGGAGAUGGACGACAAGCAGAGAUGGACGACAAGCAGUACGACGUGUUGGCGAGGGAGAUGGUGUUUGACAUCCGCGCCAAGCCAGGGGAGCGCACCAAGACAGCGGAGGAGGCGGCAGAGGCGGAGAGGGCUCGACUGGUGAAGCUGGAGGCUGCCAGAAAGCGCCGAAUGGAUGGGGAACCUAGUGACGACGAGGAGGAGGGAGAGGAAGGGGAGGAAAAGGAGGAGGAGAGUGGGGAGGGCGAGGAGAGUGAGGAUGAGAGUGGGAGUGAGGGGGAAGAGGAGGAAGAGGAGGAGGAGGCGGAGAAUUUAGCUGACGUGGAUUGGGAGCAGAGUGACGAGGAGAUUGGAGGGGAGCGGGUGAAGGGUAAACGAGUGUCUGUGAGAGAUGGGGCAGUGAAGAAAGGUGAGGAGGAAAGCGAGGAGGAGGAGGGAGAGGAGAAAGAGGAGGGGGAGGAAAGUGAUGAGGAGGAGGAAGCGGAGGAAGAGAAAGAGGGAGAGAAGCAGAAUUCGGAGGAGAGAAACUCAGCAGCAACAGCAGCAGAGCAGGAGAAUGAGGAGGAGGAAGAUGAUGAGGAGGAGGAGGACGAGGAGGAAGAAAAGGAGGAGGCGGAGCGCAUAGAAAGGGCGUUUCGGCGACGUGAGCUGCCAUACGUGAUAGAGGCGCCGCAGCAGCUGAAGGACCUGCAGCGGCUGCUAGAGGGGCGUGCAGCGGCGGAGGUGGGCGUGGCAAUCGCGCGCAUCCGCGCGUGCAACGCCGCGCACCUGUCCCCUGAUAACAAGCGCAAGAUGCAGAUCUUCUAUAACGUGCUCCUGCAGUAUUUCGCGUCGCUGGCUAGUGAUGGUGGCGGCGGUGGGGUGUCUCAGCGGCCGCUGGUGGAGCUCUCCGCGUCCUUCCCGCUCUUUGCUGCCGUCUGCGCGCGCGAGAGGCUCGCCCGCAUGCAGAAACGCCUUGUGGCGCGCCUCAAAGCCGGAGAGCCAGCAUGGCCCACGGCACGCACGCUGCUCCUCUUGCGCCUGUGGGCGCUCAUCUUCCCCUCGUCCGAUUUCCGCCAUCCCGUCAUGACGCCCGUGUCGCUGCUGCUCGGCCAGUUCCUCUCCUGCUGCCCUGUGCGCUCCACCAAGGACGUAGCAGCGGGCCUGUUCAUAUCAGCGCUCUUGCUCAAUAUGGUGUCGCAGAGCCGUCGCUUUGUCCCAGAGGCGCUCAACUUCCUGCACGCGCUCCUGUGGAGUGCUGUCGCUCCUGCGCUCAAACCCGUCAAGCCCAAGGGAGUGCCGCGCUACAUGCUGCUGCAGGUGUGUUCGCAGCAGUGGCUGUGGGCGCCGUGUGGCAACGGCACCAACCACCGCAAGCGCAAGCGCGAGCCGCUGGAAGACAAACCCGAGGCGCUCGACUUCGACCGCAUCUUCCUCGGACCGUCCAGCACCGCUCCGACUACCACCACGACCGCUGCUAACCCCUUUGUUUCCACGAAUUCUACAGUCGACGCUAACCAAUCGCCCUCCGCUUCUCCUGCUGCUCCUCCCACCCUGCUGGGGGUGGAAGGCAGCGCAGCAGGGACCGUGGCAGAGGCUUACUUUUCAUCUGACGUCUUUAGGCUGAGUCUGCUACUAGCGGUGCUCAAGACGCUGCGCUCCUUUGCGCUGCUCUACCGCCCCAUGCAGCCCUUCCCCGAGAUCUUCUCGCCCUUCCUGCCCACGCUCGCUGCCCUCGCGGAGUCCGGGCAGCUGCCCGAAGAAAUCGAGCAGGAGCGGGCAGCGUGGGUGAAGGAUAUCGAGGGCGCGGUGGCGGAGGUGGAAGGCUCCAGGCAACCGCUGCGGCUGAGGGUGAAACGGGCUGUACCUGCAAAGCAGUUCAACCCCAAGUUCGAAUCUGAUUUCGCGCGUGGCAAGGACUACGACCCCAACAGGGAGCGCGCGGAGCAGCGGCGGCUGCAGCGGGCGAUCAAGCGCGAGGCACGGGGCGCAGCGAGAGAACUGCGCAAAGAUAACCAGUUCCUUGCUGCUGCGCGCGCACACGAGGCUGCGAAUGCAGCGGAGGAGCGGCGGGAGAAGAACCAGCGGGCCAUGGCGUUCAUGGAGCAGCAGGCUCAUUUGAUGUGGUCCGGGCAGCUGGGGCGGAAGAGGGGGGGGGGGAGCAGCGGAAGAGGCAGAAGGUAG